AGCUUAUUGCAACAAACUAUUUUUUAUUUUCAAUAUAUAUCAUUACACGUACACGCAAAAAAUCAUGGUCGUCAUCAUCAUCUACAUACACGACUGAGCAAUCACACAAAACAAAUAAAUAAAUCGAAUUCCUAACCGACUGAAACAAGAAUUCAACAAAAAAAAUACAAAUGUUUAUAGAGAAACAAACACAUCUAAGCUAAAACCAUGGAGACCAAGAUUCCAGCAAUAGAAGUAACGGCAACGAAAGUAUUUGUGAUAGAGAAUGCAGCAGAGGGUGCAUCAGCUUCUCCUGGGUUUGAUGCUGGACCAUUUGUGCCUGGUGCCGGUGCAGAAGAAGUGUUUGGGGUUGGUGAUGAAGGAGAGGGUGCUGGAGAAGAAGUGGUUGAAGGAGAGGGUGCUGGUGAAGUGUUUGUGGAGGGUGAUGGAGCAGGUGCUGAAUUAGGUGAUAAUGAUCGGGUAGGUGCGGGUGCAGGAGCUUGUUGUGCUAUGCAUGAAGUAGCCAAAAGACCCAAUAUCAAAAACACUUUGAUUGCAACAGAACCCAUGUUAUAUAUGUUUUUGAGAUUAUUGAGAUUCCUCCAAAUAUAUGGCUUGUAGGAUGAUUGAUUUGUGUAAGGUCCAAGUGAAUUAUUGGGGGUAUAUAUAGUGUGAUACUAUUGCUUGUGUGUUUUCUUAGCUAUGGCGGUGUGUGAUUAAAUAAUGGGUCAAAUAAAAAAAAAGACUACUUUUCUUUUC